AUGGUUCGCCAGCUGUGGACACUGCUGCUGUGGGGCUGCCGGCUGCGGGCCACAGCACUGGUGGUGGCCCGGGGAGGACAACCAGUUCUGUGUCCUUGGAGGCCCCCAGCCCAGUCCUGGAGUCCCAGGCAAAGCCUGGCUUCAAGUUCCCACGAUGGAUGGCCGUUCAGCUCCCAGGCUACUGAGGAGCAUCAGGAGGAGCCUCUGCACUCCCUCAGCAGCAGCUCGGAGACCGUGCCGGGUUCUGUUUCCAAACAUGAGCUCCAGGCUGAGACAAAGAAGCUUCUGGACAUCAUUGCCCGUUCCUUGUACUCAGAAAAGGAGGUGUUUAUACGGGAGCUGAUCUCCAACGCUAGUGACGCCUUGGAAAAGCUGCGUCAUAAGCUGGUGUCUGAAGGCCAGACGCUGCCAGAAAUGGAGAUUCACUUGCAGACUGACACCGAGAAAGGCACCAUCACGAUCCAGGACACUGGCAUCGGGAUGACACAGGAGGAGCUGGUGUCCAACCUGGGAACGACUGCCAGGUCGGGGUGGAAGGCCUUUUUGGACACGCCUCAGAGGCAGGCGGAGGCCAGCAGCAAGAUUAUCAGCCAGUUCAGAGUGGGUUUCUACUUGGCCUUCAUGGUGGCUGACAGAGUCGAGGUCUAUUCUCGCUCGGUGGACGCGGGCAGCCCUGGGUACCAGUGGCUUUCAGAGGGCUCUGGGGUGUUUGAAAUUGCCGAAGCCUCAGGAGUAAGAACCGGGACCAAAAUCAUCAUCCACCUCACGGCAGAGAGCAGAGAAUUCACCAGCGAAGCUUGGGUUGGAGAUGUGGUGACAAAGUACAGCAACUUUGUCAGCUUCCCCUUGUACCUGAAUGGAAGGCGCAUUAAUACCCUGCAGGCCAUCUGGCUGAUGGACCCCAAGGAUGUGGGUGAGACGCAGCACGAGGAAUUCUACCACUACAUCGUUCAGGCCCAUGACAAGCCCCGCUACACCCUGCACUACAAGACAGAUGCACUGCUCAACAUCCGCAGCAUCUUCUACACGCCGGAAACGAAACCAACCAUAUCUGACGUGAGCUGGGAGCUGGGCUCCAGUAUCUCACUGUACAGCCGCCAGGUCCUCAUCCAGACCAAGAUGGGGGCCACCCGGCACUUCCUGCGCAUGCGGCAGCUGGCCAAGCCCCAGGAGGAGCGCGCUCAGCUGCUGCAGCCCAUGCUGGAGAUCAACCCCAGGCACAGGCUCAUCAAGAAGCUCAAUCAGCUGAGAGACAGCGAGCCUGACCUGGACCAGCUGCUGGUGGAUCAGAUCUACGAGAACGCCAUGAUCACAGCAGGGCUCGACGAUGACCUGCGACCCAUGGUGAGCCGCCUGAACCACCUGCUUGUCAAGGCCCUGGACCGACACUGA